UUGACACACCUAUCAAAUUGUAAAUCAUAUAAUAUGUAAACAAAAAAGGAUAAGCUAAUCAGAUAUGUCUCUAUUGCAAAAAUUAUCUUAUAAAGAAUACAAAUACGCAUCUACACUCAGUAUUGAAAAAUGUGAAAUUAUAGCAAAAUUAGCUGACCUGAAAAUGUCUUUCAAUGAUAGUAAAAAGCCAGGCGAAUUGCUGAUAAAAUAUCUUGAUAGAUGUGGCUGUUCUUUACAACAAUAUAAAAGUCUGAUCAACUCUGUCCUUAAUACAAAAACAAUAAUUACAUAUUACCAUCCACUUUCAAAAGUAGCCAUACUCAUAGCAAAUGAAAAAUAUGAACAUUUGUCUAAAUUAGCGACACCAUCUAUAGAUUGUGAUUCAUUAGCGUGUAAUCUAAGAAAUCUUGGUUUCAUCACAAUUACCAUAAAAAACACUAAAAUAACUGAUUUAAAGGAUAUGAUAGCCAAUAUAAUUCUAACAGUACCUGAAGACUCUUACUGCUUCAUUUUUUAUGCAGGCCAUGGCUGUGAAUUAUGCAACACAAAAUGUAUACUUGGUAUAGAUUGUCCCACAGAAAAUAUAAAAUUUAGUCACUGUAUCACUGAAAAUUGGCUAUUAAGAGAGGUAGCAAAAUGCAAGCCAGAGACAUGUAUUCUUAUCAUGGACAUGUGUCGGAUUAAUUUAGAUAGGAAUACCAAUUCCAGCAUAUAUGCAUCAAUGUCAGAUUUGGAAGAUUAUACCAUACACAAUAAUCUUUUUAUAAGUUAUUCUACACAGUCCUCCCAAGCAGCAUAUGAGGUUCUUCAAAUAGAAUGUACAACUACAAUUGACAAUGAUGUUACCUAUGAAUUAAAGACUGGCGACACAGAAAAAAUUGUUCCUGGAGCAAGCCAAUAUGUUAAUGCUUUGUGUACGAGAUUGGUUGAUAAUUUUGAUAUAAGUACAUUAUUAGAUAAAGUUCAUGGAGAUGUUGAGAAUUCAAUAAAAAAACAGAGACCUAUCAAAGUUCAAUGUGGAGUAAACAAGAGGUCAUUGUAUGAUCCUGUCAAAGGUGACACUAAAGAACUUCUAAUUAGGUUAAGAGAUAUUUUACAAAACUAUAAAGAGAACUGUUCUGUAUUUUGAACUAUAAUGAAAUUUUAAGAGAAGCAACAAGACGAAAAUUAAUGGUGCCGAAAAAGUGAUAAAUUAAAACAUAAUUAUAGCAAUAACAAGAA